CAAACGUCGACGUUUUUUUUCAACAGUCAACCGUCCAAGCUCAAAUAUUCAGAGACAGAUUGACGCUGUGAUUGACGUCACCGCGAGAUAGGGGUAGGAUAUCACGUGGGCUUAAUGCCUACUAAGAAUUUGAGCUUGGGGCAGGACGCAAGACCGCACGGUCACUACGCAUGUUCGCGGCGCGCCAAAGACUGCGUUCUCGCUCGCCGCUCUCCAAUCGUCGCCGCUCUUUCUCCCACUUUCUGCCCCCUCCAUUCCGACUGACGAUGCCCACCUCCAAGCCUCAGCCUGCAGCCCACUCUAAAGUCCUUAUUUUUGGCGCGGGGAACUUCGGAUCGUGUCUUGCUGAGCAUCUGGGAGACUCGGACCAUCGCGUAUUUCUUUGGUCCCGCGAGGCCAAGGCCGUCCAACACUUUAACGAAUGCCACAAGAACUUGAAGUACCUACCCGACCACGAGUUCUCCAAGAACAUCAAGGCAGUGGGACCUGAAAUGCCAGACUCCAAAUUCUUGUACGAGAUGGAUGUUCUGCUGUUUGCUAUUCCAACGCAGUAUCUGAGAGAAAAUCUGACCAUUCUCAACCGCUCUCUACACGACAAGACAAGCCUACCGCUACUCAUCUUCGUCAACAAAGGCAUUGAGAUCGAGACGGAUGCAUUGACUUUGGAGAUCAUCGCAGAUACUUGCGGGCCUGACGUAGCGAAGGCCGCGACUUUCAUUUCCGGGCCUUCAUUCGCUAAAGAGAUUGUCCGUAGGAUGCCGACGUCGGUGUCUGUCGCGUCCUUCACAGAGGCAGAGGCCGACAAAACAUCCGACCUCUUCCAUCAACCUCAUUUCAGAUGCUAUACAGGAACGGAUCCAAUCGGGUUGGAACUCGCUGGGGCACUGAAAAACGUGUAUGCCAUCGCUGCCGGAAUGUCUGAUGGUUUGGGGUAUGAAAAUAAUACCAGAGCGAGUUCGUGCGUUCUAUGUUUAGCCCGAAGAAACUCACCCAGCGCAGUGAUCAUCACGCGCGGUCUCUCUGAGAUGACGUGCAUUGGGACAGCCUAUGGCGCAUCGCCGCUGACGUUCAUCGGCUUGGGUGGGGUCGGCGAUCUCUUCCUGACCUGCUCGUCCAACAGCAGUCGAAACUACACUGUCGGCUACCGACUCGGACGCGGCGAAUCACUGGAGGAGAUCCUGGGCACCCUCGGAAGUGUUGCCGAGGGUGUUUCGACGGCUAAAGGUGUGAAACGCAUCAUCGACAAGCUGGGCGUGAAUGCGCCCAUCGCCGAACGGGUAUUUGAGGUGUUGUACACCGGCAAGUCCACGCAGCAAGCUGUCAAGGAGCUAAUGGAUAUGCCUCCGACUCGCGAGCUGGAUUUGCCCAAUCCAGGGAAACCGGUCCGAGAUCUCAUAGCAAAAUUGGGCCUGCAAUAGAGUGGGCGCUCCGUUGUUUAGAAAGUUAUAAUGGCGUCUCUGAGAGAAACUCAUGCAGGCAAGAACAGAGAUGUCACCAGACUGGUCCCCUCCUGAACUGCAACAUUACGAGCCACGUUCCCUUGGCUUUCCAAUAUGAAGGAUCGGUGUAAGGGACGCAGACUGUCAAUGCAGGACGAAAC